GUCUACGGUAUGAAUAUGCGGGCCGAUUUUUGGCCCAUGGUCUUUCAAACAACCAGGUAUAUUUUCCCAUCCCUAAGUAGUUGGACGUUCACUUAAAAAAAAACUUGUUAAUCAACGAGUUAGACAUGAGUUAAGUCUUGUUCAGCUUGCGAAUUAGCUUGACUCGGUGACUUGUUGAGGUUACUAGUGAGCAGACUCGUUUUUACUCAUGAAAUAGCUCGACAUUGUGGUUGGCAAGCCAACUCAACUAUUGAUCUAUGAGCGAAUCAAUCUAUAUCUUAGAGUUUGCUUGUUGAUAAUUCAUAGGUUUGUUAAAAUAUAUAUAUCAUCCUAUGUGACAUUUAAGACUUUGAGUACGUGAGCAAAUAUGAGAUAUGUCUCAUUUAUAAUUUAAAAAAUGAAUUAUGCAUAAUUGUUUAGAUAUUAAUUACUACGAAAUAACAUUAUAUGGUAUAGUUAAGAUUUAUAAACUAAAUAAUAAUAUGAUACUAACAUAGUAUAUAAAUAUUGGAUUAAUUAAUAGUGAAUUUUUACUACUAUUUUUGUUCAUCAUGACAUAGUCAUGUGUAUCAUGCAUGACAUACAAAUAUAACAAUUGUAUGCUAAUCAAAGAUGGAUUAGGCGAUGAAUAAGAUAAGACACCUAUCUAGAAACUACGUUCUGUAGGCAGCGUGAAUAGACCAAAUGCAAGGGCGUUUCCAGCUGUUGUUCCCCUCCCAAUGGCCGGUUCUUACGCAUUACUCACCUAUACGCCGCAUUGGUAACACUACUUCUCGAUCGACUUGCACAAGUCCACACUUACGUACCACUGCUUAUUGAGUUCGACCAAUCCUUUGGGAUUUCAACAUAACUCUACUAAAAUAAUGGUAUCUCUCUAAGGUUUCUCGGUGUGGAAGAGUUGGGACUCGGUAUGGAAAGGUGGACCGAUUCUUUAGGCCUUCUCGCCUGCUUUAAAGAUGAACCGACCAGCAUCACCACUCGUGCUUCUCCUCUUUCGAAGAACUAUCACUCUGAAGAACAAUGGAGAAGUAGGAAGAUUUCAGCGGCGAUUCAAAUUCAAUAGUAGGUAAAACUAGCCUAAACCCCUUGUUGAAAGAUCCAAAUUGAGAGCAAGGAGUCAAAUAAAUGACCAAAGCAUCGGGAUAUGACACCAAGGUAAAAUACUACCCACAUAAUUAGAUAAUGUCCCUUAAAUUUGAUAAAAGAAAAGCGCAUUAGCGAUUAAUACGAUGUAAUUGGAAAAGUAAGGGUAUUUAAUUACCUUACAAAUUAUUUAAGAGUUUAGUUUAAGGGUUCAACUAUUUAUUAUAAAUGGGUUGCGCUCGAACCGAACCUGUGAACUUAUUGAUGGACAAAACUCGAGUAAAGAUUGUAGACUCAUUAAUGAGUUGAGCUAGAAACAAACAAGAAAUUACUCUCGAACUCGACUCUCACUUAUUAACAACCAAACUCUAAUCAAACAGAACUCGGCUCGCGAUUCAUUUGUGAUCAUAGCCUCACAUAAAGAUGAACAUGUAACUACCCAAAAGCCCAAGAGCGAUGUUGAUGGUCAAGAAGCAUCACUUCUACCACACUUCCCAACUGUAACCAAUUCCUGGAAUAUAUAGAAUAACUCAAACAUGUAUGACCAAAGCUGUGUAACAAUCUUUGAAUGCCUGCAAAUGACAAUCACACACAAGAAUGACCAUUUCACUUACUCCCUAACCAUAUCAAGAUCAAUGUAACAAUCCCUUAAACUUAAUCUUUACAUAUAAAUACAUAAUAAUCUGGCACUUGAUAAAAGCAAUAAAACCCAAAUCUAUGGCGAAAACCACCUUAUUGUUCUUCUUCGCAAACCUCAUUUUCCCUCUCUUCAUAAUCGCCUCACUAAACGUCUCCCCAAUUUUCUGCUACAGAGCCUGGCGGAGGCCGCCAUUCCCUUAUCGCCGCCCACUCCCGUCGCCGCCGCCGCCGCCACCGCAGCCGCUGCCCCACAAGAUCUCCACGGUCCUCAUCUUUGGCGACUCCACGGUGGACACGGGCAACAACAACCACCUCUCCACGGUCUUCAAGGCCAACUUCCCGCCGUACGGGCAAGACUUCCCGGGCCACGUGGCCACGGGCAGGUUCUCGAACGGGAAGCUGGUCCCGGACUUCCUGGCCUCGAUGCUCGGGAUCAAGGACACCGUCCCGCCGUACCUCGACCCGGGCCUCAGACCCCGGGACCUGCUGACCGGGGUCAGCUUCGCGUCGGCCGGGUCGGGCUACGACGAGCGGAUCAGUACCGGGUUCACGAACGUGAUCCCGGUACUAAAGCAGGUCGACCUGUUCAGGAGGUACAUCGAGCGGGUGGAAGGGCUCGUCGAGGAGGCGCGGGCGCUCGAGAUCGUGAACGCGGCGCUCGUGCUCGUCACCGCGGGAACCAACGACAUGACGUUUAAUUUCUACGACGUACCGUCGACGACGAAUAGGAGGGCCGAGUUCAAUCUCAGCGGGUACCAUCAUUUCCUCCAGAACAACCUAGGGAUCUUCGUUAAGGAACUGUACACUCUAGGAGCCCGGAGAAUGCUAAUAACAGGGCUCCCUCCGAUCGGCUGCCUGCCGAUCCAGAAAGCAACCAGGCAUUCCCAAUCCUGCGUAAAACAACAGAACAAAGACGCUCUUUCCUACAACAAGAAGCUCAAGAAACUGCUCCCCAUCCUGCAAUCGGAGCUCCCCCGCAGCAGGUUGAUCUUCGGGGACAUUUACAAGCCGUUCCUCGAGAUGAUCCGAUUCCCCAAGAAAUAUGGAUUUUCAGAGGUGAGCAAAGGAUGCUGUGGAACAGGGAGGUCGAUGGAGAGAUCGAUGCUGUGCAAUCGGAAGACGCCCAAGUGCCACAAUGCUUCUCAGUAUGUGUUUUGGGAUAGCAUCCAUCCUUCGCAGGCGACUUACGAGCUUGCUUCGAAAAGGAUUCUGCUGCGUCUCCUUCCUGAAUUGACAUGAAAAAAACAGGGGAUUCUUGCUCUGUUUCUUUUCCAUGGAAAUUGUCACAGAAUUUGUCGGGUGCAGUUUCAGUAAUAAUUUGAUUAUUAUUAUUAUUAUGAAGGCCAUAAAAUUUAAGCCCAAGUUCUGCUUCGCGGCCCAUUUAGUUGUACUGUAAGAAGCCCAUCCAGUUAUUUAUGAUUUUUAUUAAUUAAUUAUAAAAUAACGGAAUCUGAGAGGCGGGCGCCCGGACCCGGACCCGGACCCGUGAGAAUUGCGCGGGUCGGGGUUUUGAGUUCAGUGUUCUAUUUUAUACCGUUAAAUAUUUUUGUUUUGGGCGGAAAACAAUAAAAAAAAAAAGACAGA